AGAGCCCUCUACAGGGAUGUCAUGCAGGAGAACUACGAGACGGUGACCUCGCUGGGAUUUCCCAUUCCCAAACCUGAGCUUAUCGCCCGGCUGGAACGAGGGGAAGAGCUGUGGGUGUCCGAUCUCCAGGAUUUGAAGGACAGAAGGCUUGUGAGAUGCACCAGCACAGCAGGUGCUGAGCGAGGGAGUGAGAACAAGGAGGGGAAUCAUCACGAGGCAGUUCCUGAGGAAGUGGAACCACAGGGGACCUUUUUGGGAAGAGCUGAAGGGAAUUUUUCCCAUUGCUGGAAUCAGGGAGAAGCCUGGGGAAAUUGGCACAGGUCAGAGAGGCUUCUGAUAAACCAGCCCAGGAAGAAAGUGGAUGAAUCUAUUAAUGGUGGGGGAGGAGACGAGAAUCCCAGAGAGCAGCAGACAAAUCCCAAGGAAGAGACACCCUGGCACUGCCUUGAGUGUGGGAAAGGAUUCAUUGUGAGAUCACAACUUGUUACACAUCAGACAGUUCAUACGGGAGAGAAACCAUUUCAGUGUUUGGACAGUGGGGAAAGCUUCAGUAAGCACACAGAUCUUAAUAACCAUGGGAGAAGGCACACUGUAGACAAGCCCAUUCAAUGCGUUGAAUGCGGGAAAUGUUUCAGUUCAAAGUCAGCACUAAAUUCACAUGAGAAAAGCCACACAGGAGAGAGACCCCAGAAGUGCUUGGACUGUGGGAAAAGUUUCACAUGGAGGAGGGCGCUUGUUAGACAUCAGAAAAUCCAUACAGGAGAGAGACCCCACAAGUGCUUGGACUGUGGGAAAAGUUUCACAUGGAGGUCAUACCUUGUUAAUCAUCAGGCAAUCCACACAGGAGAGAGACCCCACAAGUGCUUGGACUGUGGGAAAAGUUUCAUGCUGAGGUCACACCUUGUUCAUCAUCAGGCAAUCCACAAAGGAGAGAGACCCCACAAGUGCUUGGAUUGUGGGAAAAGUUUCAUAAGAAAGUCACACCUUGUUCAACAUCAGGCAGUCCACACAGGAGAGAGACCCCACAAGUGCUUGGACUGUGGGAAAAGUUUCUCAUGGAGACCGGCGCUGGUGAAGCAUCAGAGAAUCCACACAGGAGAGUGACUCUAUAAGUGCUUGGACUGUGGGAAAAGUUUCACAUGGAGAUCAGAUCUCGUUCAACAUGGAAGAAUCUACACAAGAGAGAGACCCCCACAAGAGCUUAGACUGUGGGAAAAGUUUCAGACACAGAUUAUACCUCAUUAAAAAUGGGAGAAUCCACACAGGAUGGACGUGGUCCACUCCCAAUGACUGAUGAGGAGGGGUCAAUACCAACAAAGGGAAAAUUGCUUUUGUAGUGAGCCAGCCACUCCCAGUCCCUAUUCAGGCCCAAAUUGAUGGUGUUAAGUGUACAAAUGAAUUGUAGCUCUGGAGUUUCUCUCUGAAAUCAGUUUUUGAAGUUUUUUGGUUGAAGGAUGGCUACCUUUAAAUCUGUUAUUGAAUGUCCAAGGAGAUUGAAAUAUUCUGCUACGGGC